AUGCCCCAUGCCGAAAUGAUCGAGCACAAGUAUCAUCUCCAAGACAGUAAAAGUGUUGCUUGGCUGUGGCUUACACUAAAGAGCCGAGCCAAAGCAGCAACGCAGCUUCCUCUGUACUACGAUGCUGAUCCUAUCGCAGGUGCGAUCGAGGUCAACUUCGAUAAGGCGAGCGGUGUGAAGAGGGUGUCGAUUGCGGUUGUGGCUGGCGUCACUGCUGUCGGCCAAGAGGAUGUCAGAUUUCUUGAAAUCUCCCGCGACGUGUGGAACGCGAAGACUACGCCACCACCCGCGAAAGCUGCGGGAAGACAGCUGUGGCAGUUUUCUCUGGCCCUGCCGAGCGAGAUCUCAAUGCCUGGACAGCGGAAGACGCUGUCAACGAUGUACAAACUGCCGCCUAGCUUCUCCGAGCGUGCCAGUCCAGUGUACAUCGACUACAGAGUGGUGGCUACCGUCCAUCGCGGGCUGUUCAAGUCGAACCAGACCCUCUCUACAGGGCUUGUUUUCUUGCCAGUGUCGCGCUCGGAAGCUCCACCUCCGUUGCGCGAAGCGGCAUAUCGCGAUGGCACUGCACUUAUCGGUCCCGAUGGGGAUCCUGAAGGAUGGAAUGUGCUCCCUCCAGCAAAAUUCACCGGAGCCCUUUUCAAUACACGGCAAGUCGAGCUGCAGUGUGUUGUCGCCGUCGCAAAACCUCUAUCUUUCGCAAGAGGUUCCGCAAUUCCUCUCUUCGUUACCAUCUCCAGUACGGACGAACAGGCUUUGGACCUUCUCGCUUCGCCAGGUGCAGUGAAGAUAUACCUGAUACGCUAUCGUGUGCUCGGAACGCAUGCCACUGAAGACAAGUAUUCGGAUCAUAGCAGCCACGUCUUCCAUGAGAGGGUGGGUGCCGCCUACUUUUGGCCAUCGACAGAACGAGCAUCUGGAGACCGAGUGCGCAUGAUGCAGGGCGAAUUGAACGUUGAGGUGUCGUCAAAGCCUUCUUUCAUUUUCCCCGAGUUUUCUCUCAGGUACAAGCUGGCGCUAUUUCCACCGCAUGCUCCCGGGUUCUCUUCGAAGCUGACUGCGGAUAAACCGCUAGUGGUGGAGGAAGUCACUGUCACGACUGCCGAGGCGGCAGGGGUGUACUCUCGCUCAUAUGCGCCCCCCGGAUAUAUGCAGCCCGUAGAUCCAGACUACAACAACACUGUUGGAUAUCUGGAGAAUGGGAAUCAAAGAUUUAUGCACCAUGGAGGUCACGGAGGCAUCUAG